AUGUGGUUAAGAUUCUUUUUAUUGCUACUUUACAUGCCCUUUUCGGUCCUUGCUGUUGGCCAUCAUCACUCUCAUUUACAUUCUCAUCACCAUAAGCGCGCCUCCAACAGCUCGUCUCACGACGCUUCGAGCCUUGAUGCUGCACGUAAGCUCCUAGCCGCUGGCCAAGCUGCCAUGGCCCAUGCCAAUCGCGCUAUCAUUGCCAACCCUCGUCCGAACCGCCUGGAAGUGCUCAACUCUACAGAGAUUAGGAAGACUGAGAAGGCACCUCCACCGCUUGAUUAUCGCAACGGCACUUCAAAGUCACUCAAUGGCCGAGAUUCAGGAAAUGGAACCUCCAAAGAUCUUCGCUAUUCUGUUCCAGAGGAACUUAUCAAGGCCGCCCGCCUUCUUUCAGAGAACUGGAAGCCAUCUUCUAACGACCUCGAUGGCGGUUACGCAGCUGAUAUCCAACAUUUGAAGGACACCUUCUUGUACAAGAACAAUGACACCAAUAUGAUGCCUCCCAUGCUUCAGUACGACUCAGGCUUGAUCAAGCCUGUUCAUGAACCGCCAUCGGCAUUUCGAUACAGUGAAAAUGAAACUGAUAUCCCUGAGCAUGUAGUUGAUAAGGACAAGAACCUGCAAAAGAGAGCUAGUUCAGACUGGUGGAUGGCUACUAUAUCUCAGAGAGGUUCAAGCCCGUUUGCUCCCUCUGGAUACCAAGUCUGGCGCGAUGUCAAAGACUUUGGAGACGGAAUUGCUGACGAUACGGAUGCAAUCAACAAGGCCAUCUCCAGUGGUGGCCGAUGUGGUGGAGGCAAAUGUACAGGAAGCACAAUCUACCCAGCAACUGUUUAUUUCCCUCCAGGUAUAUACAAAGUCAGUUCUUCCAUCAUUCAGUACUACAACACAGAAAUGAUUGGCAAUCCACUUGACCUUCCAACCAUCAUCGCGGCACCAAGCUUUGUCGGUCUUGGUGUUAUCACUUCCAACGUUUAUACCGGAGAGACCUCCGAAUGGUACCUGAAUCAGAACAAUUUUCUUCGGAGUGUCCGCAACUUCAUCAUCGAUGUCCGCCCAACUCCUUCCAACGCGCAAGUCUGCGGGAUUCACUGGCAGGUUGCGCAGGGUACUUCUCUUGAGAAUAUCCAUUUCUAUAUGACAAAAUUCAAGGAUGACCCCAAGACAACGCAGCAGGGUAUCUACAUGGAGAACGGGAGUGGUGGCUUCCUUUCUGACCUAUACUUUGUAGGAGGAAAGUUCGGAGCGUACAUGGGCAAUCAACAGUUCACAGCCAGUGGCCUCUACUUCGAAGAGGCCGAGACGGCGAUUCAGAUCCACUGGGAUUGGGGAUGGACCAUGCAGAACAUUGUUGUUGACAACUGCAAGACCGGUCUCACCAUUGUCGGCGGCGCAGGAGGGCCUAUGAGUACCGGCCAGGGAAUCGGCUCCCUUCACCUGACCGACCUGCGCUUUCACUACGUCACCGUCGGAGUGUCAACCUCUGUCAUGUCUGACAACUCCACCGCCUUACUACUCAGUAAUUCGGGCUUCUACAAUGUCGACACCAUCGUCCAAGACACUUCCAAGAGCCAGGUUCUUCUUCGUGGCGGUAAAGGAACCGUUAAUGUUGAUACUUGGGGCUUUGGUAGAGUCACCAGUGCCAACGGUACGACUGCCUUCCACAAUGGCGCCAAUCUCGACAGUCCAGUGAGAAACGAGUCCCUUGUCACUGGUGGACGAAAGCAGUUCUUCACUCGACGCCGUCCAAAGUAUGACGACCUAGGCUUCAGUCAGAUCCUCGAUGCGAAGGCCUACGGUGCCAAGGGCGAUGGCAAGACAGAUGACACGGCUGUUCUAAAACACCUCUUUUCGGCUGCCGCCAACAUGUCUGCAAUUGUAUAUGUUCCAUUUGGUGUAUACAUCAUCACAGACACUGUUGAAAUUCCGGUUGGGUCGCGGGUUAUUGGGCAGGCUUGGCCUCAGAUCAUGGCGACUGGGUCCAAGUUCACAGACCCCCUUAAGCCUCGCGUGGCUGUUCGUGUCGGCCUGCCAGGCCAAGUUGGUGUUGUCGAGAUCCAAAACAUGAUGAUGACUGUCAAGGGAGCUACGGCAGGUGUCAUCAUGAUGGAAUGGAAUGUACACGAGUCUGGCCAAGGCUCUGCUGGUCUAUGGGAUACCCACUUCAGAGUUGGAGGUGCUGCGGGCACAGACCUCACUGUGAAAAACUGCCCUAAGCUGUCUGGCAAGGUCAACCCGAACUGUGUUGCCGCCUCCCUUAUGCUUCACCUGACCCCUGACUCUUCCGGUUACUUCGAGAACGUUUGGAUGUGGACUGCAGAUCAUGACUUCGACACUGCCGACCAGACCCAAGUUGACGUCUACGUUGGUCGAGGUAUGCUAAUCGAGAGCAAGGGUCCAACAUGGCUCUGGGGUACAUCCGUUGAACACUGCGUAAUGUACCAAUAUCAGCUAUCUGGUGCCCGGAAUGUUGUUAUGGGGCUUAUUCAGACCGAAACUCCCUACUUUCAGUCUUUUCCAGAAGCACCAGCACCUUUCAAACCUGGCGCGUUCUCCAACGACCCAGAGUUCUACAACUGUACCAAGACCUCCAAGUCUUGUGCUAUGGCCUGGGCUUUACGCAUCAUCGACUCGUCAGCAGUCCACGUUCUGAGCGCUGGCCUCUACUCCUUCUUCAACCGGUACGAUCAGACAUGUCUUAACUCCGGGAGGCAUGACUGCCAGGACAAGAUCUUCUACACGGAGCAGAGCUAUGAUGUCUGGGUCCAAAAUCUCGUCACACUCGGCAGUAUCGAAAUGGUCAGUCCUCUCAACGGAGUUCCUACGCUGGGCAAGCCAAACAGAAACGGGUUUGCUUCUUCGAUCCUGGCUUGGCUUGGUGGUUCGAAGAACAUCACCGGACAGCGCAACUUCGAGGGCUACAGGAUUCAUUCCGAAAACACGAUUGACAUUGACAGGUUCCCCGAGGCCUGCCAGAACGCCCUUACUGCCCUUGUACGAUGCGAUAACUAUACAGACGAAUGGACGAUACCUUCAUACCAUGGAGUUCUCCCUAGGGAUGUUGAUGUCGAGUCUGUUUGCGACGAGGGCUGUGCACGAUCCAUAUCGGACUGGCGAUCAGCUGUUGAUACCUACUGCGGUAAUGCUACAUGGCAUGACGGUGCCGCUGCAGGUGUCUUGGGAUCCUUUAUCUCACAGGGUAUCAACGAGACAUGUCAGACAGACAAGAAGACUGGAAAGUACUGCAACGAUAUCAUCUACAACUUCACCCUCUCUGAGUCCAUCGAUAAGAUGCCGACCAACGAACUAUGUUCCGACUGCUAUGUCGGCCGCCUCAAGAUGAUGCAAGCCAGCCCCUUCUCCUACUACAACAGAGACCUUUUCUAUGAGGAUGCUCUCAAGAAAGCUGUCAAGCGAUGCUCCCUGUCCAACGUUCCCACUACCCCCAAAGAUUCUCCUUUUCCCUCAGAACCCUCUGAGCCAGCCUUUUGUCUUUCAGACGUCACAUACACAACCAAAGCAGGCGACACCUGUGACUCCCUAGCUCUCAAGUACAGCGUCUCUUCCGCUGCCAUCUUCAUCGGUAACCCAGAUAUCCGCAACUGCACCAACAUGAUCGAGGGAGUGUCCAUCUGCAUGCCGCUCCAGUGUAAGACGUACAAGCUGCAGGAGGACGACACAUGUAUGUCAGCGGCCUACUUCACAGGCCUCCAGCCGGACGACAUCCGCCCCCUGAAUCCUUGGGUCCAUGAACUUUGCGGGAAUCUCCAGUCCGCCACUAUUACUCUCGGUAGAGUGAUCUGCAUUACACCGCCCGGCGGGGAGUAUGAUCACGACGUCAACACCACUAAUUCGGACCCGGCAUACUCUGAGUACGCUGACAAGGCUGUUCCUCCUCCCAGUGGUGCUACUCUCGCUACCAAUACGACUCAAGACUGUGGACGAUGGUAUACAGUUCAGAAGGGUGAUGACUGCGCCCGAGUGCUGGUCCAGUAUCACAUUAGUCUUCCUCUCUUCAUACAGGCCAAUCCUUCCGUUUCGGAAGGCAGCUGCACCACGGAUCUUGUUCCAGGACGAACCUACUGUGUCGGCCCAACUAAAGAAGUCUUGACACAACAGCUUAAGCCUGUUCCUACUUAUACACGCUUCGGUUGCUUUGCCCGCGAGGCAGACACUACCAAUCGCUCUGUUUUGACUCUAGCCGAUGCACAGCACGUCAAGCCCAUGUCCAUCGUAGCUUGUCAGUCCUACUGUUUACAACAGGGCUGGACUGUUUGGGGAAUCCAAAACGGCGAAUCUUGUUUUUGCGACAAUCAGCUUCGUAUGGAUAGCCAGAUCAUUGACAAUUCCAAGUGUAACGUGCACUGUAACGGUAACACUACAAACGUCUGCGGUGGUAAAGACGCUAUCGAAGUGUUUAGCGAUCAAGAUAUGUUACGUGUUCAAUACGCUAGUCUUGGCUGCUACUCUUGGAGCAAGCAAGCCAUACGUGGUACUACAGGUGGCGACACUAUAGAGUCUCCCGAUGAGAUGUCUGUAGAUGCGUGCGCAAGUCUGUGCACCGUGACCAAGAAAUCUGACUUCUUUGCUCUUUGGGAGGGGAAGCUCUGCACUUGCGGUAGGGAAAUGACACCAGGAGCAAAGACGACCAGUAUAGAGGAAUGCAAUGUAGCAUGUAGUGGUCAACAGGGAGAUAUCUGUGGUGGAAAGGGAGUGGCCGAGGUCUUUACAACCAAGAACAAGAAUGUUGUCGCUAGCUAG